UUUUUUUUUGCAAACUGAUCUUUGGCUCUUUAGUGUGAAAGUGAUUUGAAUUUGGCUCGGCGGCGCUCUGCGCAGGCGUUCAGCUGCUGGCAUGGUGGCUCUUUGCAAAGCAGCUGUUUUGGGUUUGAAAUUCCAACAUGGCAGAGGCUGCAGUCAGUCUUCCCUUCAAAAACUUGGAAUGAUUUCAAAUCGGAGGCAUCUUCGCUUAACCCGAGCCCCAAUUCAUCAGCGCGCCGUAAGAAUCGAUUGUGCCCGACCCUCCAGGUUAAAUGAAUACCUGACGAAAAGGCCCACAUUUCAAGGCAGUGACAUUUGAUAGCGGAGAGGAAAAGUGGCAUUCAUGAAAAACAACCUUUGGAAUUCCUGCUUGUGAGAAGGAGAGGAGGAAAGGAAAAAAAAAAAAUUCCAAUUCAGCUUUUUUGUGCUGCCAGCAAGAAAUGAUCAGUAGCACCAGUGUUUAUGCAACUCUGGAAGAAAUCUAUCUCUUACAGAGCGGGUUAUGGGGCAACGAAAGAGGCUUGAAGAUGCAGUGGACGCCAGAACAUGCCCAGUGGCCAGAGCAGCACUUUGACAUCACUUCAACCACCCGCUCUCCCGCCCACAAGGUAGAAGCUUACCGUGGCCAUCUUCAGCGCACCUAUCAGUAUGCCUGGGCGAAUGAUGACAUCUCUGCUCUCACAGCCUCAAAUCUGCUAAAGAAAUAUGCAGAAAAGUAUUCCGGCAUUUUGGAAGGGCCAGCCGAACGUCCCAUCCUGGGUAACUAUGUGGAGCCUCCAUCAGGGCUGGUGAAUGGUCGCAAAAGCGAAAGUGAACCGUGGCAGCCUUCUUUGAACUCUGAGAGUGUUUAUCCUAUGAACUGUGUCCCAGAUGUUAUUACCGCCAGCAAAGCUGGAGUAAGUACUGCCCUCCCUCCGGCAGAUGUCUCUGCCAGUAUAGGGAGUUCACCUGGGGUGGCUAGCAACCUGACAGAACCUAGUUAUUCAAGUAGUACGUGUGGAAGUCAUACAGUCCCUAGUCUGCAUUCAGGGCUCCCAUCUCAGGAAUAUGCCGCAGGCUAUAACGGAUCGUACCUGCAUACAAGUUACAGUGGCCAGCCAGCACCUGCACUUCCUUCACCUCAUCCCUCUCCUUUGCAUAGCUCUGGGCUUUUACAGCCACCCCCUCCGCCGCCGCCGCCACCAGCCCUAGUGCCAGGCUACAAUGGGACAUCUAACCUUUCCAGUUAUAGCUACCCGCCAGCAAGUUAUCCCCCUCAAAGUGCUGUUGGGCCUGGCUACAGCCCUGGUGGAGCACCACCUCCUUCAGCCUAUCUGCCUUCAGGUAUCCCUGCCCCAACUCCUCUCCCCCCCACCACAGUACCUGGGUACACCUACCAGAGUCAUGGCUUAACGCCCAUUGCACCGUCGGCCCUGACCAAUAGCUCAGCAACUUCUCUCAAGAGAAAAGCUUUCUAUAUGGCAGGGCAAGGAGAAAUGGACUCCAGCUAUGGAAAUUACAACUAUGGCCAACAGAGAUCUACACAAAGCCCCAUGUACAGGAUGCCUGACAACAGCAUUUCCAAUGCCAGCAGAGGGAAUGGCUUUGACCGAAACGCUGAAUCCUCCUCCUUGGCCUUUAAGCCAACCAAACAAAUCAUGGCUUCUGAGCAGCAAAGGAAAUUUAACCAAUCUGGUCGGGCUCUGACGCCCCCUUCCUAUAGUUCUGCUAAAAAUUCCCUUGGCUCCAGAGCAAGUGAGCCUUUUGGGAAGUAUAGCUCUCCCGUCAUGAAUGAACACAGCGAAGAACAUAGGCAGCUUCUUCCUCAUCCAAUGCAAGGCCCGGGACUUCGUGCAGCUACCUCAUCCAACCACUCUGUGGACGAGCAACUGAAGAACACUGAUGCACACCUCAUGGACCUUGUGACCAAUGAGAUUAUCAGCCAAGGACCACCAGUGGACUGGAAUGACAUUGCUGGACUAGAUUUGGUGAAGGCUGUCAUUAAAGAGGAGGUUUUGUGGCCAGUAUUGAGGUCAGAUGCAUUUAACGGGCUGACUGCUCUACCUCGGAGCAUCCUCUUAUUUGGACCUCGGGGCACAGGCAAAACAUUGCUGGGGAGAUGUAUAGCUACCCAACUAGGUGCCACAUUUUUCAAACUCACAGGUUCGGUUCUUGCCACAAAAUGGUUGGGAGAAGGAGAAAAAAUUGUUCACGCUUCCUUCCUGGUGGCAAGAUGCCGACAGCCCUCGGUGAUUUUUGUUAGUGACAUUGAUAUGCUCCUUUCAUCCCAAGUGAGUGAAGAGCACAGUCCAGUCUGUCGGAUGAGAACCGAGUUCCUUAUGCAGCUGGAUACCGUGCUCACUUCCGCUGAGGACCAAAUAGUUGUCAUCUGCGCCACCAGUAAACCGGAAGAAAUAGACGAAUCUCUUCGAAGGUACUUCAUGAAACGACUUUUAAUCCCACUUCCUGACAGCACAGCCAGGCACCAGAUAAUAGUACAGCUGCUUUCACAGCACAAUUACUGCCUCAGUGAUAAGGAGGUUGCACUGCUAGUCCAGCGUACAGAAGGCUUCUCUGGACUCGAUGUGGCUCAUUUGUGUCAGGAAGCCGUUGUGGGCCCUCUCCAUGCCAUGCCAGCCACAGACCUUUCGGCCCUUAUGCCCAGUCAGUUGAGGCCUGUUACGUACCAAGACUUCGACAAGGCUUUUUGCAAAAUACAGCCUAGCAUCUCUCCAAAGGAGCUCGAUACAUACGUCGAAUGGAACAAAAUGUUUGGUUGCAGUCAGUGACAAGCCGUCUCUUUUUUUUAAAAAAAAAAAACAAAAACAAAAAAUAGUGAAACAAAAAAAAAACAACAAAAAAAUGUAAUGAAUGUUGGUGCGCGCACACACAUAUGUACACACAAACCUGUUAUCUAGGGCACGGAACCCCUUUUUCAGUCGUGUUGAGAUUGUGGAAGGGUACAGGGGGUGGGGGUGGGGAAAUGAUCAUGUUGCAUCUAAAGAGCCAGGUUUAGGCUUGAAGGAAUAGUGCAUCCGAGGAGAGCUGUUAAUCCGUGAAGCCACAGAUGAUGAUAGGAUGUUGAUGUUCCCUUCCAUUCCAUUCAGACUAGACAACACACUCUCACCGUGGAGGGGUUGAUUUUUUUUUUACUUUUAAGAAGGACAUGAACCCUGUGUGUUGAUUCAUUCUGCUGUUUUUGAGAUUUAGUUGCUUUCAAGUGCCUCAAGUGGUGCUUUAUUUUUUUUCCUUCCUUCCUUUCUUUUUUGUUUGCCUCACAAUUACAUUGGUGGCAUGUGCUAAUAUAAAGAGCUUUAACUUCAAAAUGUUAUGGGACUAAAGACAUGAACAGUUGUGUUGUGACAGAGAACCAGGUGUGACUUUGGUUAGUUUUGCUUUUUUUUUUCCCUCCUCCUAUUUUGGCUAAGUCUAAAAGCAACAGUAUUCCUCAAUCCUGUCUGUUCUGUGGUAUUAAACUAAGAACAGGUAAAACAGGGUAACGGUAAUCUGGACUUUAAUUUCCGCGGUUUGUUUUGUUUCUUGUUCUGUCUGCAAAAAAAGAAGAAAAAAAAAAGAAAAAAAACUCAGGAAAGUGAUUGUGAUUUGUACAGUACCUCAAAGGAAUGUGUUGAAAGCACUAUGUACUGCUGAGAUUUAAUAGGCUAGGCUUCAAUGUUACUUUAUCUUAAAUAUGUAUGUUUACCUCAAUGGUUGGGAAAAAAAAUGGCAAGGAGAAAUAUUUUGAAUGUAUUAAGGAGCAAGCUGAAGCGUGCUAAAAAGAUAAUCUUUAAAACUUUGAAAAUACAACAGGAGUAUCCCAGUGUUUAAGAAACGUUUCUUUCUUUCUUUUUAACCAAUAUUGGGGAUCAAAUUGGAGCAAGGCAAUUUUCAUGGCAGUCGUGUGUGGAAGUCCUUAGUCCUUGACAAUUUUGUGACAAGUCAGUAGAGAGCGCACAGACAAUAAAAAUAGCAAGUCCCCCUGUCGAAUUAUCGAAUCAUCUGGGAUGGUCAGAGACGAAAUCUGAUUAGGACUCUGAGAGGCAAAAUUACCUUAGACCACAAGGUACAACUUUUGUAUCUCAGCUAGGGUUGUAGGCAUCUUGAUUGCCCCAAUGCAUCAGUAGCACAGAAUCCUUGUAGGUUCCAGAGAGCUUAGGGGCUGCAGAGCUGUUUACAGCAAUGCAGCAGAGAACGACAAAACAAAAACAAGACAAAUUGAACCCUCAAAUGGCAUCUCUCUUCUUCUUUGCUUUGCAUUUUCACCACCAAAUGAAAAGUUAUCCCUUUGUUUUAUGUGUGCUGUUGUUGCCUCUUUCUGUUUUCUUGAUGCCUUUGUUUGUUUUGUUUUUAAUGUAAUCGUUCCAUGGUCAUUAGAAAUUCGCCCGGCUGGAAAAUGCCCACCAUUUUAUUUCUACCUCAGAUUUUGUUUUAUUUCCCUUAGAGAGGCACAUAAAGAGCAGGACAAACCAGAUUACCACUAGCAUGCAGAGCUGUUGAAGGUCCUAUUAACACAUAAUCCUAAACAGGUUUUUUUGGAAAGAACCAGCUUUGUGUAUGGUGAGGUUUUCUCACAAGUAAGUGUGUGUGUGGAGAAUUGCAGUCAAAAAGAAAAGAGGAUUGGGAAGGGAAUCCUCCUGCCUCUUCUCCCUUUGCCCGACCAGGACAAAUGGUGACUGUUUUCCUUCAGGAAAAAGAAGCUAGAUAGGAUGUGUGGCAUUUUAUUCUAUUUGUGCCCCUGCUCCACAUUGUCUCCCUUUUUUAUUCUUUAAUGCUUUUAUGAGCAAUUCUUUUCAUGACAGCUGACUGAUGCCGUAAUGUCGCUGAACAGUAGAGCAAUUCAAACCUUCGCAGCCACACGAGCAGAGAGCAAACCUCUCUCUCUCUCCCCCUCCCUCCCUUUCUCUUUCCCGCUCUGUUUUUUUUUUUCGUGUAAUCUUUUGUUUACUUUAAAGAAACGGCAGCAGAACAAUUAGAAAUUAUUGGCAUUUAAUGUUACUUUUAAGUAAUGUAUCUUCAAAUCCAUGAAAUAAAUGCACUGAAGAGCUCUAAUGAGAAAAAGACCAAUUAGUCACCUACUUGUUUUGUCUUUAAAGCUACUGCCCAAUUAUUACACUUGGCAUUUCUUCAGCUAAAAUGUUAAUUUUCAUUGCUAAAAACUGAGCAAAUAAACCAAAAUGCACAUUCUAUUUUGUUCAUUCUAAACUUAUGGAUUGCUUCUAAAAGGCAGAGGAGUUCAUUAAAAAGUAAAACAGUGCCUUUCACUAAGGAUAUAGUAAAAUAAGUCUUAAUAAAUGCUUUGCAUUUUCAAUUAGCAAAGGUCUUUCUUUUUCUCCCAUCUAUUUCUUCCAUUGUAUCUUUUCCAUUUGGGAAGAGCCACAAUCGCCUUUGUCAGAUUCAUAUUGAUCUUGCAGAUGGCUUUCUGAUGCAUAUUGCUGACCAGUCUUCUGACUUUUAGAUAUCACAUUAUGCUAUUGUGCUGCCGUCCAUUUGAAAGGUUCAAACAUGUUUUGAAAAACUAAAUUUACAAUUGCAUCACCUCUGUCUAUACAUCCUUUAAAACUAACAUUAUCUAAUUUCAAGGUGACACCAAAUACAUUCAGUUCAUGUAUAUAGCUACAGUAUAAUCCCAGUAGCACUUCAGUUUAUGUUGGCAUUGGAAUCGGCAGGUGCUCUAUUUAACUCACAUUUUACACUGUAUAUUAGAGGGGAAAGCAAAUUAUUCUUCCAAUGAGGUCAUAAAUAAAAGACUUAAUUGUGAGGUUAAGGAACUUCAAAGAAUUUAUCCUCUCCCAAAUGCUUUGAAUCUUACGUUGUGGAUUCGCUGCUGAAAAUAUCAGGCCAUUUUCUCCCAAAUGGUAAUUAGCUACAACUAGUGAGGUGUAAUGUUUUACCUGACAUGAAAAUAAUAGUUUUGUUUACUGUACUGCCCUUGUACAAAAUUAAGGCAAGCUAUAACCCACUCUCGGCUCUCUGCCAAUGGAGAUUCCCUGUUAAAUAGAAUCAGUCAGACUUUGCCUGGUUCACUCAGAACCUAUUGGUUCAACCCUGAGCUACAAAUACUACCCUUUUUUUUUUUUUUUUGGCCAUUGGUUUUGUUUUGUUUUGGGGGAUUUUUUGCACUUUUUAGACAAAUAAGGCCAUUUGUUCCUUCUGCUGCUACAUUUAGGCCUGUAUGGAAUUGCGACCAUACACAUUUCAUUGCGAUCAAAAGGCCUUCUAAGAAUUUUGUUUUCGGGUUAUUUGGGUGUUCCACAAAUGAGAAGAUUUAGCUUUUGAUAGGGAGUUUGAUAUGGCCAAAAUAUACUAACAUUCUGAAGAAGUAAAAUGGUUCUGCCAUGUUUUUCAUUUGAUUUGGGACUCAGGAUUCUGCCUGAGUAGAGCAUAAAACAAUGAGGUUGUAUGGCCAGAUUCCACAUGAUGCAGAUCUUCUACAUUUUUAAUAAAAGGGAGAGUAUUAAUCGUUUUGCCUUUUCCACCAUUACAUCUUUAUGAUGGCUAAAAUUCCAUUAGCUCAAUUCUCCUUUCACUGCAAAACAUAAUAUUUCAAGGCAUAUAAAUUGGCUUCAUCGUUUGUUGGAAAAUUCUAGGAAUAAUUGAAGAUAAACAGAUGCUUCCCUUUCUACUUGAGACAAUUUUUCAUUAGGUAAGACUUCAUUCUCUCUCUCUCUC